AAAUCACUUGUGACUCAAUACUUAAACGGAGAGAAUCCCAUCGUUCUGAAUGAAUUUUUUUUGAGCAUCAUAAACAGCUCCGAUCCAAACUGAUCAGGUAUUAAAAUAGUCUUUUCCCGCCGUUAAAAUGACCCGUGUUCUUGUGACUGGGGCCUCAGGUUUUCUUGCCAUGCAUAUUGUUAAGCAGCUGUUUGAGUCUGACCAAGAAUACAUCGUCCGAGGAUCAGUCAGAAGUUUGGCGAACGAACAGAAGCUCAAACCAUUGAGGGCACUGUGCCCAGAAAAUUCGAAUCAACAGCUGGAAUUGGUGGAGGCAGAUCUCACUAAGAGAGAAUCUUGGAUAGAUGCUGUUAAAGACUGUACCUAUGUGAUUCAUGUUGCGUCACCGCUCCCUCCCAGAAUUCCUGGAGAUGGUAUGGAGAUUAUUACACCUGCUGUGGAAGGAACCAAAAGCGUCCUAGAGGCGUGCGCUAAGACAAAGGGUGGUGUUAAAAGAGUUGUGUUGACGAGUUCCUCUGCUGCAAUUCAUAGUGGUCGACAAGGCGUGGAAGAUAAAGUCUUCACCGAGGAGGACUGGGCAGCAGAUGACGGGGUCAGCCCUUAUGAGAAGAGUAAGAAGCUUGCGGAAAAGGCUGCCUGGGAACUAUUGGAAAAGUUGCCAGAUGACGAGAAGUUUGAGCUUUGUGCCAUCAAUCCUGGGUUUAUCGUUGGCCCUUUGUUGAGCUCCUCUUACUGCGCAAGUUCCGAGCUUCACAGGCGUUUUCUUCAGCGAGAAAUGCCAAUGGUUCCAAAACUGAUGUUUGGAGUGAUCGAUGUCAGAGAUUGUGCUAGAGCUCAUAUAAUUGCUAUGACGUCGCCUAAAGCACCUGGUAACAGAUACCUCACCAUUGUGGAAUGUUAUUGGAUGGAUGAUAUGGCAAAGCUGCUCUAUGAAGAAUUUAGACCUCUCGGUUAUAAAGUUCCCACCACAGUGGCUCCAAAGGUCAUGAUAAAAAUCGCCUCGUGGUUUGAUGGCACGUUGAAGUUUAUUUUACCUUUUCUUAACAAAGACAUCAAGUUAGAUAACUCGAAGAUCAAAGACCAUUUCGGGAUCCAGUUUGAAGAUUUCAAGAAAAGUGUAAUAGACAUGGCCUACAGUUUGAUCGAAAGAGGUUUUAUCAAGAAGACGCCUCAAUACGAAGACGCCAAAAAACAACAAGCCGCUAAUGGAUCCGGGUAGUUUAAUUUGGGAAAACGUCACAAUCGAAGUUAGCUACAAUCCUCGGGAAGUUUUGUUGAAACAAUACACUCCUUUCUUAAUGUUGAGUUUAGUUCUAUUUACAACGUAGCGGUCAGAUGUCUUUUGGGUCCAUUCAUUAUUUAUUGCCUGGAAGGGGUGGGGGAGGGAGGUGCAAUAGAAGGGACUGAGUCAUCGCUAACAGAGUAUAAAAGGAAGAGUUAACUGCCAAUGAGGGGGAUCUUAGGGAUAAUACAGGGGUGGAUUACAUCGUGACACAAUUUUUUCAAUAUUUUGCAGAACAGUAGCUGUUUCUUAUGUUUUCCUUUAAAAUCUUGCGCGGGAAAUUGGCGUGCGGCCGGCCAAAAUGGAUCCUCUAGCGUAUGUUCGACAUUUCACCGCUGUUUUGCGUAAAUCGAACCAAACUUGACAACGGGAAAGGGAAAAUGUUUCAAUAUUUGCAUCGAGAACUGUAGAUCAGAAUGAUUAACAACUUAAACAAGACACUUACUCUUUGACAGUUUAUUAGAACUAGAGAUCUGUACAACUGUUUUCGCAAGGAUUUUUAUCAUUUUUAGCUUGUUUCAGAAAUUGUCGUCAUUGAUUCAAAUUACUUUAAGCGCACGCAAUCGGAUAUGUUUGAAUCGCCGGCGAUUGAUUAGCAGCGGAAAACCGUCAAUUGACUAACCUUAGCUCCUAUGAGGCUAUGAAACCAUAGAUAAACCAGCACAAAUAAUUAACAUAAAACCUCCAAAAUUCGUAUACUAUGUUCGAAUCCGAGUGAGAUUACCAGAAAAUAAUAAAGAAAAGUGUAAGGAAA